UUAAAAAAAGAGAGAGAAAGAAAUAGAAAGAGAAAGAGAGAGAGUGUGAAUUUGAGGAAGAGACAGAGGACGACGUUCGAGGAAAAGAUCAACGGCCGAGGAUAGCAGAGGUUACAUAUACGUGUCUACGGUACAUACCUACUUACAUACAUACAUAUAUAUAUAUAUAUCUCUCUCUCUCUUUAUUGAGAAGACACCAUCCAUCGUUCUCAACGAUCAGAAAAGUAACCACCAAGAAGAGAAGAAUUUGGAAAAAUAAGAAAUAUAUUCGAUUGAUUGUCAUAAGAGACUAAAGGAUAAGAGACAAAAAAGAAGAAAAAAAAAAAAAACGAUAACAAUAAAGAGACAGCAGAUGAUAUAUUAAUAAUAUACAGAUUUAUAUAUCUUCAACGUCCUCCUAGUGGCUCGUAUUUAUUUUCUUCUGAUUUUUUUUUUUUCGGGGGAAGUUUCUUUCUUAUACAGAAUAUAUACAGAUAUUUCAAUUUGUUUUGUGUUAUUCGGUGGAUAGACAAAGUAUUAAAUAUCUUCGAUGAAAUCAUUUCUUUGUGCAUAAAUCGUAAACCAAUCGAAACUAAUUAACAUUUGUGUUCUUUCCGUAUAAACCACCCAACCACCCUUUCCUAGGUGUUUACCAAAGACAAUAGACAAACGUUUAUAUUAUUAUUAUUAUUUUCAUAUUUUGUCUUGAAAUACGCGCACAGUUAUAUAUUUCAUUUUUUGAUUUGCGUGUUUUAUAAUUAAAGUGAUAAUCAGUGGUGUACUAAGUGCGACCGUUUAAAUAACGAGAGAGAGAACAAAUAUCAAAUCACGAAUAAAAGAAGUUACUAUAAAAGACUAGGAAACUGAAUACUCUUACACUUCGCUUCUGGUUAAAUCCGUUCACUUAUUUAAUUUGUCUUUCUCUCUCUCUCUUCCUGAGACAAAGUUUACUCUCUCGUAAAGACAACAAUUUACAAAGAAGAAGAAAGGAAGAAGAAAAUAAUUUCAUAAAAUAGAAUUUGUGAUUGAAAAAUAAUCGAAUCGUAAAGGAAACAUUUAAGAAUCAAAAUCACACAGGAUACGAAAAAUUUAUAUUAUCCACGUAUAAAUAAACAAUUUAAGAUUCAUUUUCAUUCUAAAGUGAAUAUUAUAUCAUAUUGUUUGUCAAAGUUGAAUAAUAAUUAAUUAAUUAAUCAAAUCAAUCAUGGAUCUACUUUGUUGCGAACGAUCAACCGAUACAGAGUGCAGGGCUUAUGCUGAUCCAGCUUUGAUACAAGAUGAUCGGGUUUUACAUAAUCUAUUGAAAACGGAAGAAACUUAUGUACCUAACAGAUCAUAUUUUGAGUGCGUACAGAAGGACAUCUCACCGCAUAUGCGCAAAGUUGUAGCCGAGUGGAUGCUAGAGGUAUGCGAGGAGCAAAAGUGCCAAGAGGAGGUAUUCCCCCUAUCGAUGAACUACGUCGACAGGUUCCUUUCGGUCUGCCCGAUCAGGAAGUCACAGCUGCAGCUGUUAGGAACUGCCUGCUUACUCCUUGCCUCCAAGUUGCGAGAAUCAUCGCCGUUAAAAGCCGACCUUCUCGUUUUCUACACGGACAACUCCAUCACUCUUGAUGACCUUUGGAGGUGGGAACAACUCGUGGUCUCGAAGUUAAAAUGGGAACUAUCAGCGGUGACGCCUAGUGACUUUCUGGUACACAUUCUCACUAGAUUACGUCUGCCUUAUAAUUGGGACAGCGUGAUGGUCAUGAGGCAUGCACAAACAUUCAUAGCCUUAAGUGCGAGAGAAUACAAGUUUUUGACGUAUACACCUAGCAUGGUAGCAGCUGCGAGUAUCGCAGCAGCACUUCAUGGACUCGACUGGACCAGAAAGAGCGGUUUUGGAAUUUCUGUUCUUCUCGAUCACUUAACUAGCAUCACAACUAUCGAACAGGAUUAUCUACGAGGAUGUUUAGAACAAAUAGAAGAGAUGGUUUCUAAAGCACAAAAAGAGGGUAACGCAUCAAACGAUGACAAUAGCGUUACUCGUAAUGCAGAAACUGUUGCAACCGAAAACGAAGUUGUUAAUGUUCCUUCUGGACAACAACAGCAACAACAACAACAACAACCACAGCAACAACAAAGGCAAUUGGGGGAACAGCAAGCAACAUCGCAGGAAAAAUUGAACGAACAUGAGAAGGCAGGUACGCCAACUGACGUCAGAGAUAUUCAUUUCUGAAUGCAAGGAAACGACGCAAUGAAAAAACGAUGACAACGCAUCAGCACCAUUUGCAGCAACUAUAAUAAUAUUAAUAAUAACAAUAACAACAACACCACCAACAACAAUAACAACAAUACAAUUAUAAAAACAAUAAUAAUCAUAUAAAUUAAAAUAAGAAUCAACGACGAGACGCGUUGUGUUCUGAUUGGAUGAAGAAAAAAACAUCCACGAAAUUGCUUAAACAAACAAUUGUUGUGUUCUAAGUUUUUUUUUAAAUGCGAGAAGAAAACGAAAAAUAGAAACGAAGAAGAAAAAUUGAAAAGAAGAAGAUAAAAAAAAAAGAAAAAAGAAAAAUGAAAAAAAAAUUAACAAUAUUCGUCGUUGAACUUUCCGUCGUUUAAAAUCCUCCAAAUCCUCCAUCUUUCUUCUCUUUCGUUUUAAAGAAAACGGAAAGGGAGAAAGAUAUAAACUAAAUAAAUAUAAACUA